AUGGCGCCCCUAUCAGUGCUGCUGCUGCUGCUGCUGCCGCCCCUACCAAUCCUGCUGAGGGCAGAGAUGGAGGACCGGUGCAAAUGGAAAGUGGCCCUCAACUCCUAUGAAAGAUUAGGCUACGAGACCGAACACUUUUUUGAACAGCUUCCGAUUUCCUCUGUCGACCAAUACUUCAAAAAACUGGUCAAUUCUCCCACCGACAUUAGCGAGAUGUACCUGGGCUUCCCUUACUACAUGAAGAUUAACUAUACCUGCCCUGGAGAGAACCCAGAAGCCUUUGUCCGUGGGGGCUUCCUUAAGGGCCUUGUCCCUAUUGUGGUGGUCACCUUCUCUGCCCCUGUGAACUUCCGGAAGUGGAAGGCAGAAAGGCUGCAAAUUGAAAUGGAAGGAGCACCAUUUCUAAGCCACGGGUCGUGUUUGGCUGAGGAGGGCUGUAUCUUGAAUUGGUUCACCCCAAUGCCCAUAAAGAAUGGCAGUCUCGUGAUGGAAAUUGAAAUCAAAAGCAACCGACUGGGAGAGCUCAUUAGGAAUGCCAGGUUCAUGAUGAAUAUCAACGGGUUUCUGAAAAGAGAGAAGGGCAAACUGGUUUUUACCCUGGGAACUGAGGCCAGGGGCAUAACCCACAGAGACUUUAUCAACACUGAGUCUAAGCCUGUCUGGGCUACUAUGGGCCAGGCUCCUGUGCUGAUCCUUGGAGGCAUUCCAGAUGAGAAGAUGAUUCUCAUCACUGACUCUGGCUUUGAGGAUUUUGCCCUGGUGGAGUUGAACAUUGAUAGCUGCUGGCUGGGCUCACUUCAGUGCCCUCAGGAACAGUUCACAGCUUCCAUCUUUGAUGCCGUCUCCACUGAAAGCACCCUCUUCAUCCGACAGAACCAGCUUAUCUACUAUUUCACUGGCGACUACUUCAACAAGGACCAAAAAGCCCCUGGCACCAGCAAUUGGGUCCGAGUCUUGCAUAAUCGGUGUAUCAAGAAACUAUGUCCUGUGGAAAUCCAUAGCAACGGCUCUGAGUAUGUCAUGGCCUUGUCUGGGGGCCAUGAGGAGGGCUUCUUCUAUUUUGGCACCAUCACAGAUGGCAAAGUGAAUUUUAAGAGGAUGCCUAUUAUGAGAUCCUUGUGUGACAUCUUGAAAGCUUCAGCGUGCUGGCUUCACUGGGUGGUGUACCAAGGGGAGGAACAAACUUUCUUCCUUCUCAUGGAGUUUGCCCAAGGCAACAAGACAAGUUUCCAGCUCUUGGCGUACAGAGUACUUGUUAAGGAUUCCUACUUGGAUUCAGUCACCAUGCUCUUUCAAAUUCCCCCCUUCAUUCCCCUGGGUAAGGACACGGAUUUUGUGAUGCUGAUGGGCAUGGAGACAUACACUGACUAUCCCCUGGUCCCCAAGGGUCUGUUCCACAACCCUUUCACCAAACUGCUGUUCAUUUGGGGCAAUGCUAUUCUGCAGAGCUAUGACUAUAAGAAUUUCAUUUACCUGGCGGAAUUCCCCAAGCAAUCCGUAAUAAAGUACAUGACCAGCUCUUACCGAGGCGAAGUGGCCUGUGUCACUGAGACUGAAGAGAUCUGGUUCAUUGUUGAAGGCAGCGUCAAGAUGUAUAAACUGUACCCAUCAGAGGGCUGGAACACACUUUUCGCCCUUUCCCAGAUGGAGGCCUCCAGCCUAUAUUUACGUAAUGAGACCUCAGUCAGUGUCUUCUAUGACAGUAUGGGUCUGCAGCAGCUAGUCUACCAGGUUAAUGACCAAGGAGAAGGGAGGCUGCUGAAAAGGCUACUGCCAGUGAAUCAGAUCUUGGUGUAUCAGCAGCUCCGUCUGACUACCUAUGAACUCACUGAAGGGUUAAAAAGCACCCUCUCCUUUACGAAUCCCUGCCCUUUCCAGCGGAUGCAGCUGGAGGACCUGCCACUCCCACAAAAGUACACGAGGAUGGAGUAUUAUCAUGCAGAUGCACCUAUUAUAAGCGCCAAGUCUGGCUAUCACACCAAAGUCUCCUUGGCCGUGUAUCAGGGGCUUGUCUACCACCUGCUUUGGCUGCACUCCAAGUAUAAUAAGCCCUAUGCUGAUCCUGUCCAUGACCCUACCUGGAGGUGGUGGAAGGAUGACAAACAACAUAAGGCUUUCUAUUACUACCAAGCCAGUAAUUUCCAGAGCUUAUUUGGUGUAUACAUUAACAUGAACAGCUAUGGCAAGGAAUAUUCAAAGGGGGCCACAUAUCUCCUGCCUGAAUACAUCUACCUGGACAAGGGGACCAUCUACAGCUUCUCCAUUUAUCUCUCCUCUCGUUUAGUUACCAGGAGAGUUAAGACCAUCGAUAAAAAGAAGGAAUUGCGUCUGGCUGUGACUCUGACCCACCCAGGUUGUGUGUCAGUAAGAGUGAAGGAGCAGAAUCUCAUGAAACAAAAUGGCAUCCUUUUUAAGGUGAUUCUCAAGGACAGACUUGUAUGCUUUGAUCAAGGAAUCAGUGGACACAACCUGAUGAAAACAUCUGUACUCAUCAAGGUGGUUGGUUCAGCUGGGAAGUGCUUUCAUGAGACCCCAACUGGACAUCUGAUGCAGGGCAAUGCAAUGAUCCCCAUAUUCAUUGGCUGCCCCCCAGGCAAGCGGUUGGCCUUUGACAUCACCACUACCCUUGCGUACAACAAGUUGGAAAAUAAGAGAUACUUUGACUGCGUGCACCCAGACCCUGACAUGCCUUGCUUCUUAUUCAGUGAUCGUUUCUUCCCUUUCUUCCUGAUCCAAGACAUGGUAACUGGUGAGUCAGGAAGCUUCAAUGGCAGCUACAUCCUGAAGGUGAUUGGUGGAGGAACUUCCCUGGAUGACAUCACGGAUUACUCAGAGGCUGACAUCUACCGAUACAACAGCCCUGAGGACAAUACCAACAGCCUCAUCUGGAUUGUCAAGAGCAACUCAACUGAUAGCCAGUCCUUUAGCAUCCUGAGGCAUAACACCUCUGGCAUUGAAUGGCUGUGCCUGGAGAACUCUCCUUGUUAUGACGUCAUUCCUAGGUAUAUCUAUUCCCCUGACUUCUAUUUCAAAGUCAUGGUGAGCAACAGGGGUGUGGACAAGAGCACCUACUGUGAUUAUCAGGUCAUCUUCUUACUCCAUGUCCAUGGUCUCCCACUCAGCAGCAACAGGGCCCUCUUGUAUCUCUUGUUAUCCAUGUCCAUAUACUUGGGCAUUGUCUUUUUCUACGUCCUCUAUUGCGUCAUCUUUUCAUCCUUGAAGAAAUGCUGGCACCAUUUCAAGGGGAAGGUCGAUAACAUGAUCAAUGCAGAACUUUUUCCUUCGGACACAUCAUCCACCAUUUCUCUCCCCAGCAGCAUUAGUUACAGAAGCUCAUCAUUUCAGAGAUAUGAAGAUACGGCUUUCCGAAGGUCAAGAUUCAAGAAAAAAAGUUGA